AUGUAUGGUCCUACUAUGUAUUUAAAGUCUCUGAAAGUAAUAGAUACUUACGAUACACGAUUUUUGCCGGGUGGUCGCGGCGGCGGCGGCGGUGGUUUUGGGGGUCGUGGAGGAGGUGGCCGGGGGGGUUUUGGCGGCGGAGGGGGUAGAGGCGGCGUCGGAGGCGGAGGACGUUCAAGUUUCGGAAGAGGAGGCGGCGGCGGUGGUCGCCCUAAUUUUGGAAGAGGAGGUGGCGGAGGAGGUCGUGGCGGACGAGGAGGUGGCGGCCGUGGGGGAGGCCGUGGAGGCGGCAAGGGUGGCAAAGGAGGAAAAACCGUUGUGAUUGAACCGCAUCGUCAUGAAGGAGUUUUUGUCGCAAGAGGCAAAGAAGAUGCUUUGGUGACAUUAAAUCUCGUUCCUGGUUCCGAAGUAUACGGAGAAAAAAGAAUUUCAGUAGAGAAUGAUGGAGACAAAGUGGAGUACAGAGUAUGGAAUCCAUUCCGCAGUAAACUGGCUGCUGCAAUUCUUGGUGGAGUGGAUCAAAUUCACAUGCCUCCAGGCAGUAAAGUGUUAUAUCUUGGCGCCGCUUCUGGAACCACUGUGUCCCACGUGUCAGAUAUUGUUGGUCCCGAAGGAUUAGUAUAUGCAGUAGAAUUUUCUCAUAGAUCAGGUCGAGAUUUAAUUAAUGUGGCAAAGAAGAGGACCAAUAUCAUUCCAAUAAUAGAAGAUGCUAGACAUCCACAUAAAUAUAGAAUGCUGGUGGGAAUGGUUGAUACUAUAUUUGCAGAUGUGGCACAGCCUGAUCAGGCGAGAAUUGUGGCAUUAAAUGCUCAACAUUUCUUGAAGAACAGUGGUCACUUCGUGAUAUCUAUUAAAGCAUCAUGUAUUGAUUCCACAGCACAACCAGAGGCGGUUUUUGCCGCUGAAGUGAAAAGGCUGCAAACUGAGCAACUUAAACCACAAGAACAAAUUACGUUAGAGCCAUAUGAGAGGGAUCACGCUGUAGUGGUUGGGACAUUUAGGCCGCCGCCAAAAAAACAAUAAAAUUGAUGUAACCU